AUGGAUGAUCGAUCGUGGAUGUAUCGUCGUCUUAUGGAUGGUCGCCUUCGUCCUGAAUACAUUACUGGUGUUAGAAGAUUUAUCAAUUUUGCAUUUUCAAUUGAUAAAAAUAUAUCUGGGGGAAAAAUUAGAUGUCCUUGUGUGAGGUGCAAAAAUCAAAAGUUUUUAAAGGAAGAUGAUGUUUGUAAACAUCUAUUGACAAAAGGUUUUUUACCUUGUUAUGAAAAUUGGACUGUACAUGGGGAGCCUUAUGUCGCAGAACCAAUAUUGGCUGGACCUUCAUCGAUUAUAAUGAGUCAUGAUGUGAAUGAUGUUUGUCUAGAGAAUCCAUAUAGGAAUCUGGUUAUGGAUGCAAUGGGGGUUGGUAAUGCAUUCUAUAAUGAUAAUGUGUCUAGUCCUAUGGUAGCAGGGGAAAUUCCAAAUCCGGAGGCAACUAAAUUUUUUAAGCUUUUGAAAGCCGCGGAGGAGCCGUUGUGGGAUGGGUGUACCAAGCAAUCCAAAUUAUCUGCUUGUGUACAAUUGCUUAAUAUGAAGUCAACUUUAAAUUUGACUCAGAAUGCCUUCAAUAAUUUUAUUGACUUUACAAAAAGUUGCAUGCCUAAUGAUGAAAAUUUGGUUUCAAAUUUUUAUGAUGCCAAGAAAUUUAUGCGGCCACUUGGACUUGGUUAUGAGAAAUAUGAUGUGUGUCCUAAUUACUGUAUGCUGUACUAUGGGGUAGAUGCAAUGAAAAUAAAUUGUGAUUUUUGUGGAAGUUCACGAUACAAACCUAGAAAUCCAACUAGUAAAGGUUCCAAUAAGGCGGAGAAGCAACUCCGAUACUUUCCUCUAACACCAAGGCUUCAGAGACUAUUCAUGUCUCCAUAUCAUGCCAAAGAUAUGACAUGGCAUCAUUUUCAUAAGUCUGAUAAUGGGGUUAUGGUGCACCCAUCUGAUGGGGAGGCAUGGAAGGAGUUUAAUCGUGUCCACUUAAGCUUUGCAUCAGAUCCGAGAAAUAUUCGGUUAGGGUUGUGCACUGAUGGGUUUUGUCCAUUUGACAUGUCUUCAAAUACAUAUUCUUGUUGGCCAGUAAUUGUGACUGUUUAUAAUUUGCCUCCGUGGAAGUGCAUGACUAGACCAUUCAUGUUUUUGACAAUGAUGAUUCCUGGGCCAAAGAAUCCGGGUAAAAAGCUUGAUGUUUUUCUAAGACCUUUGAUUGAUGAGUUAAAGAAUUUGUGGUUUUUUGGUGUUGAAACAUAUGAUGUAUACAGAAAGGAAAAUUUUCAAUUAAGGGCAGCUUUGAUGUGGACCAUUAGUGACUUUCCAGCAUAUGGCAUGUUAUCGGGGUGGAGUACUCAUGGAAAUCUGUCUUGUCCUUAUUGUAUGGAGCAUAGCAAGGCUUUUAGAUUAAAAAAUGGGGGGAAAACUACAUUUUUUGAUUGUCAUCGACGAUUCCUACCCAUGGACCACCCAUAUAGAUUUCAAUAUGAUAAGUUUUUGAAAGGAGUAAUUGAAAGGCUUCCUCCUUUACCUCGUCCAUCUGGUUUGGAAAUGUUAAAUGAAGUGUCCAAGUAUACUGAGGGACAUAAUGGAGGUUCAUCAUAUAAUGAUAAAAUUCCUGGCUUUGGUGUUAAGCACAAUUGGGUGAAGAAGAGCAUUUUAUGGGAGCUUCCAUAUUGGCAUACAAAUUUGAUUCGUCAUAAUCUUGAUGUCAUGCAUAUUGAGAAAAAUGUCUUUGACAACAUUUUUUAUACAGUAAUGGAUUGUCCGAAUAGAAGCAAGGACAAUUUAAAGGCUAGGUUGGAUAUUCAAUUGUAUUGUCAGAAGCCAAAUUUACAUUUGCAACAAGAUAUGAGUGGUCGGCUUUACAAACCUAAAGGCACUUAUUGUCUACACAAGAAACAACAACAAGAAGUUUUGUCAUGGAUGAAGGAAUUAUCAUUUCCUGAUGGUUAUGCUUCAAGCAUUUCACGAUGUGUGAAAGAGGCACAAUGUAAGGUUUCAGGGAUGAAGAGCCAUGAUUGUCAUGUCUUCAUUCAAAGACUUCUUCCAACCGCUUUUCGACCUUACUUACCUAGGCCACUGUGGGAGGCAUUAACUGAACUGUCCGUAUUUUUCCGAGAUAUUUGUUCAACAAAUUUAAAUGCUCAGCACAUGGAGUUAAUGCAGAUGAAUAUAAUUGAAAUAAUUUGCAAACUUGAAAGGAUUUUUCCUCCAUCCUUCUUUGACUCCAUGGAACACUUGACGAUACAUCUACCUUAUGAGGCAAAAGUUGGUGGACCAGUUCAAUAUCGAUGGAUGUAUCCAUUUGAACGGUAUAUGUUUUAUUUGAAGAAGAAAGUGACCAAUAAAGCUAAAGUUGAGGGUUCCAUAUGUGAAGCAUACUUGAUUGAUGAAAUUACCAAUUUCGCAUCUCAUUAUUUUGGUGAUGACGUGCAAACAAUUUGGAAUCGAGUUCCACGGAAUGAUGAUGGUGGCCUUAGAAGUGUGGAAUACCAAUCUAAUGGAAUUGAAAAUCAGCUCUUUGGACUUGCUAUGGGCCCUUCAACUUCAGUGAAAUGUUAUAAUGGCUAUUAUGUGAAUGGUUUUAAAUUUCAUACUCAACGUUAUGGUCGUUUUAAAAAGACAAUGAAUAGUGGAGUUUGUGUGAAAGGAAGUUGCUAUGAUGAUAAUGAAUGUGAUUAUUAUGGAAUGCUUAAAGAAGUUGUUCGGCUAAAAUACUUGGGGAGUAAGUGCAAGUUAUUUAUGUUUAAAUGUAAUUGGUAUGAUACAAAACGAGGGAUUAGAGUGCAUCCUUCGAAUGGUUUGGUUGAAAUCAAGCAUACAUCUCGACUACACGGAAAUGAUGAUUUUGUGUUAGCACAACAAUGUCAACAAGUCUACUAUACAUAUCCACCUGGUAAUAAAUCAUCUGAAUGGUGGACGGUUAUUAAGACAACUGCUAGAAGUCGUUACAAUGUUGAUAUGGGUGAAUUUAUCGAAGAUGCCAACAAUGUGAGAUCAUUUGAUGUUGAUCAAUCAGAUGAGAUUUCUCAAUCAUGUCGUGUCCUUCCUACUCAAACACUUGAUGAUCCAAAUAUACUUAUGCUGAAGCGUGAAAGAAAGGGUUCUUCCUACUCAAUGUUUUGA